GUUCUUAUAAAUCCGUUCUGUUUUGGAGAUACUGUGUUUAUAGUGUGAUGUAAUUUAUAUAAAACGAAAUAUGUAUUAUACUAUUUUAUUAAUUUGCGUUACAUUAGCGUUUGCUGAUGAACUCGAUUCUUCAGAUAAUCCAGAUAAAUAUGCAAUUGAUGGUACUGUUAUUCCUCCAGAUGUAAUUACGCCAGAAUGGUUAUUAUCAACAAAAGUUUUAGUAAAUGGUGGAGAGAGAUUGGGUUUCUUAAGGAAUGAUGGCAGUUUUCAUGUUAGCAAUGUUGAACCUGGCUCCUAUGUUGUUGAAGUGAUUAAUCCUAAUCACAUCUAUGAACCUGCCAGAGUAGACAUUAACUCAAAAGGCAAGUUUCGGGCCCGUAAGCUGAACUAUGUUCAAACAAAUCUGGUACAACAUGUGCCUUACCCUUUGAAAUUCAAAGUCAGAGCACCUUAUAAAUAUUUUCAAGUCAGGGAAGCAUGGAGAAUUACUGACUUUCUUAUGAACCCAAUGAUAUUGAUGAUGGUUCUCCCACUUUUGCUUAUUAUGAUCUUGCCUAAAAUGAUGAACGCUGCUGAUCCUGAAACUCAAAGGGAGAUGCAACAAAUGCAGAUCCCUAAAUAUGAUGUUCCGGAACUAUCGGAAGUGAUGACUUCCUUCUUUACAGGAGGAAAGCGAGCCCCAUCCCGCAACAGAGCCAUAAAAAAGAGACAAUAAUUCCUUUUUGUAUGUUUGUAGGUAUUAUGUAAAUUAAAUGAGUGUUGUCCAUUGUA